CGCUAGGGGGCGCCGCGCGGGAGGCGGGCGCGUCUGUCCCGAAGCCGCGCGGUUCGGUGGGUGGCCAUGACGGUGCCAACGCGUGGCCUGUCGCUGCUCCGCUGCCGAGUGGGCCGCGUGCGGGCGCCGGGGCCGCUGGGAGUCCGGGGCUUUCGGAGCAGCGGCGUGAGGCAUGAUGCCUUUGUCAUCUCAGGCACUGAAAUGGCCAAACAAAUCCAGAAAGAGAUAGCGCGAGGUGUGGAAUCCUGGGUUUCCCUGGGGAACAGAAGACCUCACCUCAGUAUCAUCUUAGUGGGAGAUAAUCCUGCUAGUCACACGUACGUCAGGAAGAAGAUCACGGCUGCGUCUGCCGUAGGUAUCUGCAGUGAGAUUAUUCUCAAACCCAAGGAUGUUCUUCAGGAAGAACUUCUAGACAUAACUGAUCAAUUGAACGCAGACCCAAGAGUCAGUGGUAUAUUAGUUCAGCUACCGCUGCCUGAUCAUGUGGACGAGCGAACAGUAUGCAAUGCAAUUGCCCCAGAAAAAGAUGUCGAUGGCUUUCAUAUUAUCAAUAUUGGAAGGCUGUGCCUCGAUCAGCCUUGCCUCGUACCUGCCACUGCCGGUGCUGUCUGGGAAAUAAUCAGAAGAACAGGAAUUGAAACUUUUGGGAAAAAUGUGGUGGUGGCUGGAAGAUCCAAGAACGUAGGGAUGCCCAUUGCCAUGCUUUUACACACGGAUGGAGACCAUGAACGGCCAGGAGGUGAUGCAACUGUGACAAUAGCUCACAGAUACACCCCCAGAGAACAAUUAAAGAUCCACACACAGUUGGCUGAUGUUAUCAUAGUAGCUGCAGGUGUUCCAAAGCUGAUUACAUCUGAUAUGGUUAAAGAUGGUGCUGCUGUAAUUGACGUGGGUAUCAAUUAUAUCCCUGACCCUGUGACGGGAAAGACAAAAUUAGUCGGAGAUGUGGACUUUGAAGCGGUUAAGAAGAAGGCCAGCUUUAUCACCCCGGUUCCGGGAGGCGUGGGGCCCGUGACAGUGGCGAUGCUUCUGAAGAACACCCUGCUGGCAGCCAGAAAAGUCAUUUAUUAGAUCCCACGAGAGAGUGAAGCGCAUUGAAAUCACGCCAUUUAUUUCACGAAUAGCAAUACCUUUAUAUUUUACUACAGAACUAUUUAUUCGUACAUCAUAUUUAUUUUUUCAUUUGUGGGAAUCAUUGCAGAUCAGCGGACUCACCCAAUUUUAUGCAUUUCCGGCAAAUGGAUUUUGAGUUUUAGAAAAAAUACAAAGCAGCAUCGAUGAACAGUGUUGAUAUUUGUUUAUUCUGUGAAUACUAUCUGUCCAUAACAAUAAAACAACAAAGGGCUCAUAGGAAAUGAAUGUAUUUUUGACACAAUUAAUUAUCACAGUGAGUUUUCAGCAAUUUUUUUUAAGAAGCCGAUGGGCAUUCAUAUAAGAUACAAUUUUUUUCGUUAGCCUGCCCAAUAUGUACAUAUCUUAUAUUUUACAACAUACAUUAAAAAAAGACCUUACGUGCUAAAAGAAAUAUGAAGUAGUAAAAUAAAUUCAUGAUCUCAUAGAUGUCCUAAGUUUAUCCUAUAGGGUUAUACUAAAGAGAAACAGUGUUCUACUUUAGGAAUGAAAAAUACAUAAGGAAGGCAAAAACUGCAGUGCUGCUUGGAAAGCAAAUGAUGAUUUCAGUUGUGAAUAACUAUCAUAGUAAAAAUGUAAUCAGAAUGCGUUAGGUUUAUAUGUAAUUUUCUUUGUUUUUCCAGAAAAAUAUUUGGGCAAUGCCUUUGUUUAGAAAAAAAUAUCCAAAAUAUAUAUAAAUACAAACUAAGAUUGGCACUUUUUACUCAAAUAUUCAGAAAGUUUGAUGUAGGGACAGAGAGGUAGUACAGAGGUUAAAACAGUUCCCUUGCACAUGGCUGUCCCCUGUCCAUCUUUGGCAUCACAUAUAGUCCCCCAAGGACUGCCAGGAGUAUCAUCCCUUAACACACCAAGAGAUAUGAUCCUGUGCCCUCCUCCCCCCCCCCCACCAUACACACACUCUAGAAGAAAGAUACAAGGUAGCAUGAUUGAGGACUUCAUUAAAAGUUGUUUCUGUUUGUUUUUCAAAUCAUAAAUUUAAUGGAUAAACUUGACUCUUCGAUUAUGACAAAGCUAAGCCUUAGGAGAUGACUAAAAUUCUACUGCUCUGUUGUCCAAAAUCCUUUCUUCUUCUUUCUUAUUGUAGCUUUUGCUUCUCAAAGUAUGUGCUCUACUUAUAAUAACAAUUUAAAUUAGAAGUACUUGUGCAUUUCAGCUGAAGAGUCUUUUGAGACGACUCUAUUCAUGUUCUUUCAUGCCCCUGACCCAGUUUGUUUCUGAACUAAAAAUGAUUCUUACCAAGGCAUGUCUUCACCAGUGUGUACUUUUGAUCAUGCGUGUGAAAUAGACUAGAUGUUUAUAACGAAUAAUAUUUCAACUGAAUAAUAAAAGCAUUUUGAAGGAG